AAUGCGGAAAAGAGCUGGCAACCGGGGUCAGAAAGCAGCGCGAGGGAAGGAAGUGCGCGCGGGACUUCGCUUUAAGCUUUGCCUGCCUUCCCGGUAAACGUGCUCGAUUGUCUCGCUUUGGUGCUUCACUGGGUGGAGAGCCCUCCCUUUUUCCUUUCUAAGAAAGCAAGAUAGGGCGGACGAGUCUUCUCCUGACUUCCUAUUGCAGCACCGUAACUCUGCACAUGACUGAAAAGAAAAACGCUUCUGGGAGUGGUAUCACGAAGUGUGCCUUGGUUUUCCUUCACGUGGUUGAUCACUCAGGAGAGGGAGGAGGCGGCCGCACGCACUUCUUUUAACUGGGUUUGGCGUUCAGUCAUGGUGGGCCACCACGAUCACAUGUUCAAAGUCUUAAUUAUUGGUGAUGCCACAGUUGGGAAGACAUCACUGGUCCAGCGAUAUGCUAAUGACAGCUUCAACAAGCACUACAAGUCUACAGUAGGAGUGGAUUUUGCUCUGAAGGUGGUGCAAUGGUCAGAGUCUGAGACGGUGAGACUGCAGUUAUGGGACAUUGCUGGUCAAGAACGUUUCACGUCUAUGACUCGAUUGUAUUACAGGGAGGCAUCAGCCUGUGUCAUCAUGUUUGAUGUCACCAGCUUUAGCACAUUCACCAGCUGCCAGAAAUGGAAACAAGAUUUGGACAGUAAGGUGAAGCUGCAAGAUGGAAGCCCUGUUCCUUGUCUGCUAUUGGCUAAUAAGAGUGAUCUUUAUCCAUGGGCUGUGACUAGAGAAGAAAUUGACCAGUUCAGCAAAGAGAAUGGUUUUACUGGUUGGACUGAGACGUCUGUCAAGGAAAACAAAAAUGUUAAUGAAUCAAUGAGGGUCCUUAUUGAAAAGAUGAUGGCCACAACAUUGCCAGGUGAUAGAGACAUGUCUGUUUCAGGCCACGGGGACUACAUCAAUCUGAAAGAAGGAUCCACACCCAACUGGGGUUGCUGCUAACUCCAUUUCCUUCUUUAUCUGAUCAGAGGUCUAGAGUGCCAUUCAGACAAAACUAUAUGAUGCUUUUAAAAGCACUAGCGAAUUCUCUCUCUCCACUGUUGAGGAAAUCAGAAGAGAAGGCAAUCCCUCAGUCUAGCAGGGACAAUGGAAAGUAUGUCUUGGCUACUUAUGAACCACUGGUAUAUUCUUUCUCCAUUCCAUUCAGCAUUACCUCUUCAGCUUCCUCAGGUUUGAAGGAUCUGCUGAUUUCAGCUCCCUGCAGUUGAAGGAAGAUCUCUUCUCCUCUUAAUCAAAAAUACCAUUGCAGGAAGUGUUGGUAUUGGGACCUUUCAACAUUCAAAAAGCCAAGCCUAAGGAAUCUUUUGUGUUUGACUGUCAUAUCUGCUAAGUCUUCCUCUGCUCACAUUCAAAACCGACUUCUCUUAAUGAACCUUUUGUGGAAAGAGGCUUUGGACUGUCUUGUGGUGCAGCUGCCGAAUCCUCUUAAUGCGGCUUUUCUUGAAGUGCCAUUUUUUUGCCACGAGAAGCCAAAUUGCUGCUUUUGUCUUUUUCGCCAAUAAUAUCAUGUCUCAGCUUAGGAAAGUUCUAUCAACUCUGGCCGUUUUUGUCCUUGCUUUAAUGUCAGACAUGCAAUUGUUAAGCUCUUUCUUGAAGUUACUUUAUUAGAGAGCCAGCAGUGAAGAGAGGCAAAAGCCAUACACUUCUUUGUAUUGAUACACCUUACUAGGGCACCAGCCAUAUUUAUUGUCUUUAUAGCCCUUUCUCUUGCAGGAUCUAAUUUGCCUCUUUCAGAUUCUGAUGAAUUACUUCCCUUUAGCCAUCCAACUAAGUAGGGUAGAUAGCCAGCAUGGCAGGCUGUUUGAAAGACCACCUACUGGUUUAGUGAUCUGAGGGAUAAAAGAUAGAAUAGAGAGCACAGCAGGACAAAAAGCAAGAGUUAAAAUAUUUCCUGUGCCUUUUAAUUUUUUUAAUAGCAGGAAUUUACCCAAUUUUAUUGAGAUUAUUAGCUGGGAGCCUUCUGUUUUUGGUGAACAUAUGAAAUUAAAGCUAUUCAGAUUUUUAUAAAUUGGUCAGUUCAUAAUUCAAGAAGGCUGACAUUGCAGAAUGGUCAAAUACUGAAGUAUUUGAAUUUUUAAUAUUUCUUUUUAAAAUGAACAGUCAGGGAAGUGCAAUGGUUGAGAGUAAAAUAUUCUGGGGAUGAAAAAAGUGUCAGAAAUUAUUGGGAGGACUGAUUGCAAGAUCUUUUAUUGUCUGCCCAUGUUUGCAUCUUGGCUGUGCUAACAUUACAGAGGAUUUCAAACAGCAGGGCUUGGAAAGCCUUCAAAUAGUUGCUUCACAAAGGUUGGGGCAGCCGCUCCUCCAGAAGACUCCCAAUGGCUGCUUCAAGGGCUUUCCCAGAGUCCCUUUACGUGUGCAUACAGAGGCGCUUCACUUUGCGGUCAGUCUGAGCAGAGUAAACUCAUACACUAACAACUUGGGAAAGCUCUUGUACUUCAGGACAGGAUGCUUUGCAGAGCUUCCUUUCCAGAGCUGUGCACAGCCCUUUUAAAUUAUCUAAGUUGAGUAGUGCGUGGGUUUCUAUGUCAGCUUAUGUGUGUAUUAUCCAGAGCAGUGUUUCUCAACCUUGUGUAUUAUCCAGAGCAGUGUUU